AUGCUGACAUGGCAAGAGCACCACAAAUCUAAAAUGAUUCCCCUCCCUCCAUUUCCCUUCAUAGGAGCAGAGAAAAUUGAAGGGGGUUGGCUCAGAGGGUUUGUUGAAGCCAUUGUCAGUGAAGGCGGUGAAGUGAAAGCUGCUUCAUCAGUAAAGGAGACAGCAGCGGCAAUCACAACAUACAUGCUGAUCCCUCAAGCUGCUGAUGGAGUCACACCUUCUCUCAAAAACUUCUUGCUUAGCAUCACGGCUGCUGGUCUUGUGCUUGCUGCCAUUGUUGGAGCUCUAAUUGGCGUGUCCAACUUCGACCCUGUCAAGCAGACCUCAACCAUUUCUCUAAAAUACUAA